CGAGGCUAGCGACACAGAGUUUAUUCCGUUGAAUAAGCAUGCGCCUUCAGUAAUUCAGUCACGCCAGGAGUGAGGGCAGAAAUGCUGUGCGCUGCUGAAAGAUGAAGGCAUUGCACCACCAGUGAGUCGGGGAAGGUCUGCCUUUGGUCAUGUGUUUGUCAUCAAGGCAUCCGUGGUACCCGCUGCAAAGCAGAGAGGGCAGGGAAGAAAACACAUCCGAGCAUCCCUGCUGAGUCAGAUCCAUGGUGCAUUUUAGAAAAUGAACAUAACAACUGAGGUCUCACUGCUGCUUUCUGCUUCCCCCGUGGGAUUUAGCUGUGCGUUUAUGAGGAUAUGUCCCUAAACUGAGCGGCUAUCUUCAGAAAAUGGAUCAUGUAAACAGGUUCUGUGAGAUGUGUGGUUGUGACUGUUCCGGAGAGGUCUGUGAACACAACUGUUGGCAGAAACAUCACUCUUCUCUGCAUGUAUCGGACAACCCAAGCAGCACCUGGAUUGUUCAUUCAGUGGAGUUUCUAUAGCGCCAAAGACAGACAUACUCAAACAAUCUAUUAUUCCCAGGGAAGCCAGUCAUAUUCCUAUGGAGCAUUUAAGAACAGAAUCCAAGCUGCAAAUAGCUCAGGAAAUGCAUCAAUAACCAUCUCCAACAUGCAGGCAUCAGAUACGGGCUUAUACAGCUGUGAAGUUUUCAACCCCACAGACACAAAUGUCCAGAAUGUAAAAUCGAUUGUCGUCAGCGUACUAGUUGCCCCCUCCCAGCUUCACUGUGGCUACGGUAGCAGUCCAGAGCUUGGCAAUCUUUUUGCUCUCUCCUGCAUUUCCGAAGUAGGACUGCCUGCUCCUACCUACCAGUGGACUAGAGUGUUGGGGGACACAGCUAAACCCGUGACGGAGUCUUACAACUCCAAGACUGGGGUCUUCGUUAUUGGUAACCUGACUACUUUUGAAGAAGGCUACUACCAGUGCACAGCCACCAACUUUCUUGGAAACAGCACCUGUCAAAUAGACGUCACUAUCAAACAUUCUGACACUGGUGUUAUUAUUGGUGCAUUAAUUGGAGCGAUUCUGGCAGCUGCUCUUAUCUGUGGCGUUAUCUGGUUUUUAACUGCAAAGGAGAAGAAAAAGAAGAGAAAAGAGAAAGCUGCUGUUCUUGAAAUACAAACCCAGAAGGAACCCCUGAGUUCUGACUAUUCUGCCGUGCCCAGUCAAGAAGCCGUGCCUGUCAGCUCAGUUCCACCAAGCAAGGAAUCCAAUGAGACCAACGAAUACGUCGCUCCCGAGAUUGAAGCUGUUGCCACGCCUGAAAACCAAGUGCAGGAAGCAGAGAAUCAACCAGUUGCCUGAUCUCUCCGAGCAUCUGAUCUUGAAUUAGCGCCACAAGCCACAGUCACAUUAACCGUCACUCCAACUCCGUCAGAGCAGUCCAUGGGACAGGAGCAGGCUUCCACACGCAGGAGCACCAACCUGAAUCAGGGCCUGUGUGCGUGCAAAAUGGUGGUGCAUAUGCGGUUC